AAAUUGGCUCAUGAAAUAUGACAAGUGAAGUGACAGUUAACUGACAGCUUUAUUUCUAGUAAAGUCUAUUUAGCACGAGGACUAAGAAUUUCCAUUUCCAUUUAAGAAUUUAUCAAAAAAAAGUAAAAGAACUCCCUUAAAAAUGCAACCUCAAAUACUACUUUUGAAGGAAGGAACGGAUAGUUCUCAGGGAAAACCUCAAUUAAUAUCAAACAUUAAUGCCUGCCAAACGAUUGUUGAUGCCGUUCGGACUACAUUAGGACCCAGGGGCAUGGAUAAACUAAUUGUUGUAAGGAACGGUAAAGCGACUAUUUCUAACGACGGUGCUACCAUUAUGAAACUCUUGGAUGUAGUGCAUCCGGCAGCCAAGACUUUGGUUGAUAUUGCUAAGUCACAGGAUGCUGAAGUAGGAGAUGGUACUACUAGUGUAGUCUUACUUGCCGGUGAGUUUUUGAAGCAAAUCAAACCCUAUGUAGAUGAAGGGGUACAUCCGAGGAUAAUCAUUAAAUCUGUUAGAAGUUGUUUGCAAUUAUGCCUGGAUAAAAUCAAGGAAAUUGCUGUGAAAAUUGAUAAGGCCAAUCCGACAGAAUACAGAUCCUUGCUGGAAAAGUGUGCAGCGACUGCAUUAAGUUCAAAACUUGUUAGCCAACAAAGAGUAUUUUUCUCAAAGAUGGUUGUAGAUGCAGUGCUUAUGUUAGAUGAUCUUUUACCAUUAAACAUGAUAGGCAUAAAAAAAGUCCAAGGGGGAGGGCUAGAAGACUCACUAUUAGUAGCUGGAGUGGCAUUUAAAAAAACCUUCUCAUACGCUGGCUUCGAGAUGCAACCUAAAGUAUACAAAAACUGCAAAAUUGCCUUGUUGAACAUUGAACUUGAAUUGAAAGCAGAAAGGGAUAAUGCAGAGGUACGUGUCGAUAAUGUUAAGGAAUACCAAAAAAUCGUUGAUGCAGAAUGGAAUAUUUUGUACAAUAAACUGAAGAAAAUCCACGAAUCGGGGGCUAAUGUUGUAUUGUCUAAGUUGCCAAUUGGGGAUGUGGCUACUCAGUUCUUCGCUGACCGUGACAUGUUUUGUGCUGGUCGUGUACCAGAAGAAGACCUAAAGAGAACCCUGAAGGCGUGCGGUGGUGCCGUUAUCACCACCGUUCACGAUAUGAACGAGUCCGUAUUGGGCAAAUGUGAUUUAUUCGAGGAACGUCAGAUCGGAGGCGAACGUUUCAACUUCUUCAGGGGGUGUCCAAAUGCUAAAACUUGCACCAUCAUUUUAAGAGGUGGUGCCGAACAGUUUUUGGAAGAAACCGAGAGAUCUUUGCACGAUGCCAUUAUGAUCGUAAGGAGAACUAUGAAGAACGAUUCGGUCGUUGCUGGGGGCGGUGCUAUCGAAAUGGAACUCUCGAAAAUGCUCAGAGAUCAUUCGAGAACGAUCGCCGGCAAGGAGCAACUGCUGAUCAGCGCCAUCGCGAAAGCUUUGGAGAUCAUACCGAGACAGUUGUGCGAUAACGCGGGUUUCGACGCCACCAACAUCCUGAACAAGUUGCGUCAGAAACACGCGCAGGGCCACUGCUGGUACGGCGUGGACAUCACCAAGGAGGACGUCAGCGAUAAUUUCGAGUCGUGCAUUUGGGAGCCGUCGAUUAUUAAAAUUAACGCGUUAUCCGCCGCUACCGAGGCGGCGUGUUUGAUCCUGUCGGUGGAUGAGACUAUUAAGAACGAAAAGUCCGGCGGAGAUGGGCAGAUGCCCCAGAUGGGUAGGGGCAUGGGCAGGCCCAUGUGAGAAGUAUAGCUUAGUAUUUUUUUUUAUUUUGUAGCUUUAAUCAUUAAUUAGACUUUUUUUAUGGCUUCGUAUUAACGGUUAUUCUAGUACCUUCGCGAUCGCUUUCAUAAUCAUUUUUUUUUGUAAGAGGAUGUUUGUGGGUAAGAGCAAAUUGAAGUCUGGAGUGCUACUUUCAACUCAUUUAGGAUAGUCAAGGUUUUCGUUAUGCACUAACUUAAAAUAGAUCCGAAGAGAUUUAACCAUUCUUUUUUAAAUCAUGUGAUCUAAUAAAACAUAUUUUGAAAGGCAAA